GCCCGAAUUAUGCAAGUUCGAUAUUUUAUUUGUAUGUGCGCUUAGAAAUCCAGAAUUAUGACUAGCAUUUGUUGGGUUAUUUUGCCUUUGAUCGUACACAACUGGCAGCUCUGAUGGUCCUUCAAGUGGCAAGAUAGCGAAGGAUGUUCGCCAAAGUUGUUUUGUGUGUGUUUUGUUUGACUCUGUACCGGAUUUCUUCGGCGUCGUCUCCGAGGCUGAUUUUCGCCAAUCGAAGUGAUAUACGAAUUUUGCAAACAAAUGGUGGAACUCCGAAUGUUACGGUUGUUGUAAAAAAUCUGGAGGAUGCAAUUGCGUUGGACUUUGAUUAUGAGCAAAACUAUGUGUUUUGGACGGAUGUUCUCUUGGAGAAAAUCAAAAGAGCUCGAAUAUUUGGGAAUAACACACAGGAAGAUGUGAUAUCGGUAGGACUAAAGCGCCCCGAAGGGCUUGCAGUGGAUUGGUGCAGUAAAAAACUCUAUUGGACUGAUUCGGAAGUAGAAACGAAUCGCAUUGAAGUCUCCAAUAUGGACGGAAGAUUUAGAAAAGUUUUAUUCUGGGAGAAUCUUGGACAACCUCGAGCAAUCGCUGUAGACCCUGCGUCUGGAUACAUGUUCUGGACCGACUGGGGAGAAGAGCCUAAAAUUGAGCGUGCAGGAAUGGACGGCACACAAAGAACUGUUAUUGUAUCGAAAGAUAUUUUUUGGCCUAAUGGCUUAACAAUAGAUCACAAUGAUAAACGAAUCUAUUGGACUGAUGCUAAGCAACAUCACAUUGCAACUACAGACUUCAAUGGCAAAGAAAAGAGAACAAUUAUACGGGGAACAUUACCCCAUCCAUUUGCAGUCAGUUUGUACGGAAAUAAACUCUACUGGACUGAUUGGACAACAAAGUCCAUUCAUUCAUGCAACAAAAAGACAGGUUUUGGGAGACUCAAAUUGCAGUCAAAUGUGUACUCGCCGAUGGGGAUCCAUGUAUUUGAGAAAGCAAGACAGGAUCCAUUACCAAAAGGACGUAAAGGCUGUGGCUUGAAUAAUGGAGGUUGCAGCCAUCUUUGCUUGCUCUCCCCCCAAGGCAUCUCCUGCGCAUGUCCAACUGGUGUUAGGCUUCUACUGGACAACAAAACCUGCGAAAAUGGGCCCAAACAUUUCCUUCUGCUUGCAAGACGGACAGAUCUACGGAGGAUCUCACUAGACACCCCUGACCACACUGAUGUAGUUCUACCCUUUGUGGGGAUCAAGCAUGGAAUAGCUGUCGACUUUGACCCUAUUGAGGAGUAUAUAUACUGGAGUGAUGACACCCUACAAGUCAUCAAGAGAGCCCAUAUUGAUGGGAAAGGUGUUGAGACAGUGGCAUCAGUUGAAGUUCAGAAUCCUGAAGGCAUCGCUGUUGACUGGAUAGCUCGUAACCUGUACUGGACAGAUACUGGAAUGGACAGGAUAGAAGUCAGCAGACUUAAUGGCACUUCCCGCAAGAUUCUUAUCUCAGAGGACCUGUGGGAACCAAGGGCUAUUGUUGUCGACCCAGGAAAGGGGCACAUGUACUGGACUGACUGGGGAGAACACCCAAAGAUUGAGCGAGCUGAUCUUGAUGGUGGUAACAGAAUUAUCUUAGUAAACAGCUCUGUGACAUGGCCUAAUGGCUUAACUAUUGACUAUUCCGACAACAAGAUAUACUGGGCAGAUGCCAAGCUUGACAAAAUCGAAGUCAUGGAUGUAGAUGGAAGCAAUCGUAGGGUGGUUCUUGACAGCAAUAUACGGCAUGUUUUUGGGUUGACUCUUCUUGGAAACUACCUCUAUUGGACAGACUGGGAGCGCAGGAACAUAGACAGUGUUAAUAAGUUUACAGGAAGAGAGAAAAGAAGUGUUGUGGAACAACUGCCGGAUCUUCAAGGACUCAAGGCCAUCAACAUGUCCAUCACUUAUGGGUCUAACCCUUGUCAGACAAAUAAUGGUGGCUGUAGUCACUUGUGUCUGUAUCGUCCUGCGGGUGUUGUGUGUGGAUGUCCAAAUGGAAUGGAACUGAUCAAAGAUCAGCUCACUUGUAUUGUGCCAAGAGCAUUUCUUCUGUUCUCUGGAAGCCAUGAUAUCCAUCGAAUCUCCUUGGAUACCUACAGUGGUGGCAAGGAUAUUCCCCUGGUUGGCAUCAAAGAAGCCAAUGCGUUGGAUUUCAGCAUUGAAGAGAAAAGAAUUUACUGGACUGAUAUAACCCUAAAGUCAAUCAACCGAGCAUAUCUAAAUGGAAGCAACCCAGAGAAACUAAUUAUUGUUGAUCUGGAAUAUCCGGAUGGACUUGCUGUGGACUGGAUUGCUAAGAAUUUGUACUGGACAGAUUCCAGGAAGCAUAAGAUUGAGGUGUCCAGGCUUGAUGGUCAACAUAGGCGCACUCUUCUUUACAAAGAUGUGUGGGAACCAAGAUCUCUUACUUUGGAUCCUGUCAAUGGUCACCUAUAUUGGGCCAAUGGCGGACAAGACUCAAGUAUAGACAGAGCAAACAUGGAUGGUUCCAACCGCACCAAGGUCAUCUCUAAUGUCAAGCGCCCCACGGACAUCACAAUAGAUUACAAAGAAGGGUUGCUGUUCUGGGCUGACUCUGAGAGGAAAGUGAUCGAGUGUGCUGACUUGCAUGGCAGAAACAGAAGAACUGUUGCCCAAGCAACAAAACCUUUUGCACUGACUCAGUACUUGGACUAUAUUUACUGGACUGACUGGGAGACCGAGUCUAUUGAGAGAGCCAACAAGACCACUGGUUUAAACAGGACACGUAUACGCAGUCGGGUGGACUAUGUCAUGGAUAUUACCGUGUUCCACUCUAGCCGCCAAGAGGGUUGGAAUGUUUGCUCCAUGAAUAACGGCGGAUGCAGUCACUUGUGUUUGGCACGCCCUAAUAAACAGAAAACCUGUGCUUGCCCUAUGCACUUCAAACUGAUGUCUGAUAAUCGCACGUGUCAAGAGCCCCUCUCAUUCAUGCUGUACAGCACCGUGAAGGGCAUCCAUCGCUUCAUAUUCGACUCCACUGAUUACGCCGAGAUCAGCCUUCCACUGCGCAAACUCCAUGAUGUUAAGGCUGUGAGCUAUGACAUCAGCACUGGCUUUGUGUACUGGAUUGACGCUGUGGAAGGCACCAUCCGGCGAGCUCUUGAGAACGGCUCUCUUAGUGGAGUUAUAGUCGCUGGGCCGGACGUGGAACCAUAUGACCUAGCCAUUGACCCGUAUGGCCAGCAGAUGUUCUGGACUGAUGCUGUCCGAAAUGAGAUAAAUGUUUUCAGCUUGAAAAAGAUGGCGCCUUUAGGCGUGGUAGCAUCAGCAAAGGAUGAGAUGCCACGAUCCAUUGUACUAUUUCCCGAGAAAGGUUUAAUGUUCUGGACGGAUGUCGGUAAGAACGGUCCCAAGAUCCUUCGCGCAUCCAUGGAUGGCUCGUUCCCUCAGCCAAUCGUGAGCAACAUACCCAGGUCCCCAGUCGGCCUCGCCGUGGACACGGACAGGGACAAGCUGUACUGGACGGACACUGCACACAAGAAGAUCGAGUUUUCCGACCUGCAAGGUGCUAAGCGCACGGUUCUCGUAGACACGAACCUCCUCACCCCCAUCGGCCUUGCCAUUCAUGGGGACUUCGUCUACUGGAUUGACAGCCGCGCGCGGGUACUCAAACGAGUUCGCAGGGAAGUGGGAAGCGACGAGCAGACGAUUCAAGCCGAAAUAGACGUCACGGACCUCGUAGCUCUUGAUCGGUCCCAGAUCAGCGGGACAGUUCCACACCCGUGCAAGCAGAAUGACUGUAGUCACAUUUGCCUAAUUGGACGGGAUAAUGCCGCCAAGUGCUCCUGUACGGGCUCGCUAGUAUUGCAGGAUGACGAGAAGAACUGCGGAGAGCCUUCCACUUGUAAGCCCAACUACAUCUCAUGCGCCAGUAUGAAAGCCAUCUGUAUCCCAAAGAUGUGGCGCUGCGACGGCAUGCUUGACUGUACGGACAAAUCCGACGAGGAAGAUUGCCCUCCUUGUAAGGAAAACCAGUUUCGUUGUGAUAAUGGCCAGUGUAUAGACGGUGACCCACGCUGUGAUAAGUACAAGAACUGCACUGACGGCAGUGACGAGCUAGGAUGUGCCACUUGUGAGCCCAAUUUCUUCCGCUGCAACACCGGCAAGUGUAUCAGCGCUCGCUGGCAGUGUGACCAAUUGGAUGACUGCGGAGAUAACUCGGACGAGAUCGGCUGCGACACUCCCCCGGGUAACGGCACUAAUGCUAACCACCCGCCCGUGGGCCUUCGAUCGCCGAUCAGCGGCAACAUGCUUGGAGGAAUCGUCGCAUCUAUUGUGUUCUGUAUUUUUCUAUUCUUCGUCACGUUGCUGGUCUGGCGUCGUGUCAAACGCACCCCUCACACGCUCAGCACAGAGAUCGGCCUCGUUGUCACGCCAGUGUUACAUGGUCACGCAUCCUCUCUUUCGUCCUCAAGCUCAUCACGCGCCAGUAUUUGUGCGGCGUUACCAGUACGGAAUGGAUCUACCACUUCCGGUUCGAACAAACGGCAAAAGCCACUUCCGGGACCUACUUCACUGUCUGGGACUUCGCAGACGCCUUACGAUCGCAAUCAUCUGACUGGCGCGUCGUCAUCUUCAUCUGCGUGCACUGUCAUAAGCGCCUACCCACGAGAGCCUCUAAACCCCCCACCCUCCCCUGCAACGGAACGCUCGUUAUUCACGGUACGGUCACGUGGCUAUUGUGAGUCGGUGAUGACGCCUUCCACGUGCCCAUCUCAUCGUUACUAUAGAACGCCGCGGAUGCCUCCUCCCCCAACACCGGCAUCAACGGACGCGGAGGGCUCCGUCAAACAGCCCAGUAGACAUUGCCGGCGGUCACAUAGGUGCCGGCCUAGUAGGGGGACACUCAGUCGGUACAAUGGCUCUGUCACGGAGUCGACCGACCUGGCUUACGAGUCGGACUUAUUCGCUCCGCCGCCAACUCCAAACACUAACUAUUUAUCCGAGGCGACGCACUUAUCUGAUCAAGAGUGUCCGCCCUCACCCACCGCGACCGAGCGGAGCUUCUUUCAGCCGUACCCCCCUCCCCCAUCACCGGUGACGGAAACCCCCUCGCUCGUGUGAUCAAUCACUAGAAUAGAUAGAAUAGUUACCUUUUGAUAGAAUCAUAGUACGAAAGCAAUACCACCCGGCUAGACUCGAUGUGUCACGUGGUGGAUCACGUGACGAAUAUCCUGAUGUCACCUGACCUACCACCACGUGACAUGGUGACGUUAGGGUGAUUUAGAUCCAGGACGCCGGCAAGAGGACCGCCGCCUCGCGCACGUUCGAUUGCGCCCGCACGCUGAUUUUUGCCGGCGUCCCGUCCUGAAGAGGACGUGGAAAUGCAUGAAAUGCUGUCCUGAACAGGACGCGACGCAGGCAAAAAUCAGCGUGCGCGCGUAACCGAACGUGCGCGAGGCGGCGUCCUCUUGCCAGCGUCGUGGAUCUAAAUCACCCUAUUGCCACGCCGAGAAUGACAGAGACAGCGGAAAAAGCGCAAACUGAUUAUUUGCCAAGAAUGUUUUACUAUUAUGUAACUGAGUUUUGGCCCUCGUAUACUAAUGUGGUUGACCUUUUUCGAAAACCUUUUAGUGACAUCUUAUUUUUUAUUUUUUAUACCAGAUCGUUUAGGUAAAAAUCGCUUGGCAAAGAAAAGUUAUUUAACAAUGUAUCACUGUAAAUAUUGUAGAUAUUGAAAAUAUGUAAAUUGAUGAUAAGUUAAACUACCAAAGAAAGAGUAUUAUGCACACUAUAUGACCUCUGAAGGACAAGGACAUCUCACUCCUCUGGUCACGGGACUAUGUGGACCGGAAGAAGCGGGUUCUUAACACGUGACUCCGCUAGCCGGAAGUCCAGCAUUCUGUCCUACUACAAACAGUCCAAUGGUUGGCGGACCGAUUUAAUAUUUUGGUAGAUUAAUAUAUUUUUAAAAGAAAAACGUUUUUAUUCAAAA